AUGGCUGCUUCGUUGAACUCUGUCGAUCGUGUAGAAAAUGCAAUGCCACCGGGUGGAGAAAGUCAGGACAAUCAGAAAACUCUUCCGAUUCUUCCUCCGUCAAGUGAUACGCGAAACGAAGAAAUGCUAAAGAUGAUGUUUGUACAAAUGAAUACACUACAAGAGGAAAUCAAAAAACAAUUCCGAGAUCAAGCUGCAAAAAUAGCAGAGCAGAAAAAAAAGUUGGAAGAUUGUAAUUCAGAGAUGGCCAGGCAAAUAGAUGAAUUGAAUGAAGCCAACAAAAUAUUGACGAAUAAAACUGCAGAGACCAAGAAAGAAUUGGAAGAGGUCAGGAAGGACUUAUGCAACGUUCAGGGUGAAUUGGAGAGCUUCAAGACAUUCCAGUCAAUGUAUAAACAGUAUGGAGGCGAGACUCAUUUCUACAUUGAGCUCGAGCAUUGCUACAAUUUGAUGGAAAACGAGUUCAAAGACGACCCAGAAAAGUUGAAGCAGCUGGAAGCCUGGUAUCGAAACAAAAGAAAAAUGAAAAUCACCAAAGUUAGCAUUGCGAUGAUUAGCGGUGGGAUUGUUGGGGGAAUGGUUGGAGGUCUUCUUCUCCACGCCACAAUCGUAGCUGCAUCUUGUGCCCUGAUUCUAUCACCAGCAGGCGUUAUAUUGUUCGGUGUUGGUGCGGGAGUUAUUAGGGUAGGCGCAAGUUUGGCAGCCUAUAAGGCAUAUCGAUUGAGAAAAAUAAAACGACAAGAUGCUAAAAAUCCAGAAAUAAUUAAAAAUAUCUUCCUAGAAAGUAUCAAUCAAGAUAAUAGUGCAUUGCCCCAUGCAAUUGAGGUUUAUGAAGCAUGAAUUGCCUUUACAUCAUUUUCCAUGUGAAUAAAGAACUAAGUGAUUACAUUAAAAAUUUUCAACAAUAAUUGGCAGUUUCAUUAGCUUUUAUGCUACGUGCUUGAAAAUUAUCUAAUAUUUUAAUUUCACAUUAUUAUUUGAAAGGGUUUGAAGAAUAUUUCC